AUGGAUUCAAAUCCAGCCAUUAUAACGGUACCAAACGCUUCUUCAGCGCCGCCAGCGAUAGCGAGUCUACUCUACACUACCCACUGUUUGUUACGCUUCCAGGACGUCCACUUCAAGUACAUCCAGGCCGCCUGCAAAACGGGUCAAAUCAAAGAAGUGGAGCGCAUCUGUCGCGAGAGUAACUGUUAUAACGCCGAACGCGUGAAGAACUUUCUAAAAGAGGCCAAACUCACGGAUCAGUUGCCGCUAAUCAUUGGCGUGUUUUCAGUGAACACUCAACACAUAGACAGACAGUCAUUGCCGCUAAUCAUUGUCUGCGAUCGGUUUGACUUCGUCCACGACUUAGUGCUCUAUCUCUACAGAAAUAAUCUGCAAAAAUAUAUCGAGAUUUACGUUCAAAAGGUGAACCCAUCGCGACUCCCAGUGGUUGUGGGCGGCCUACUGGACGUGGACUGCUCUGAGGACGUGAUAAAGCAGUUAAUAAUGGUAGUGAGGGGUCAGUUCUCGACCGACGAACUGGUCGAAGAGGUGGAGAAGCGAAACCGACUGAAACUGCUGUUGCCGUGGCUGGAGAUGCGUAUCCACGAGGGUAUCAACGAGUCGGCCACUCAUAACGCGUUGGCAAAGAUCUACAUCGACUCCAACAACAAUCCCGAGAGGUUUCUCAAAGAGAACCAGUUUUACGACAGCAAAGUGGUCGGCAAGUACUGCGAGAAGCGGGACCCACACCUGGCGUGUAUGGCCUACGAGAGGGGGUCGUGCGAUCUCGAGCUCAUCAAAGUGUGUAAUGAGAACUCGCUGUUUAAGAGUGAGGCCCGAUAUCUGGUCCGCCGCCGAGAUCCCGAUCUGUGGGUCGAAGUACUUCAAGAGUCGAAUCCAUUCCGGCGACAACUGAUUGAUCAGGUUGUCCAAACAGCCCUUUCCGAGACUCAGGAUCCCGAAGACAUAUCGGUGACAGUGAAGGCCUUCAUGACCGCCGAUCUGCCGAACGAGUUGAUCGAACUGUUGGAGAAGAUAGUGUUGGACUCCUCGGUGUUCAGCGAUCACCGCAACCUCCAGAACCUGUUGAUCCUGACGGCCAUCAAAGCCGACCGCACGCGAGUCAUGGAGUAUAUCAACCGACUCGACAAUUACGACGCGCCCGACAUCGCGAACAUUAACACCCGCUCCCUGACCGCCAACUGGUGGGGCUCGUAG